AGCAAGACUUGUAUUUGAGAACAAAAGUCACAAUGGUCCAACUUCACACAUACGAGGCUGGCAAGAUUGAAGUCGAGGCAGCCUUCACUGCUGAGAUCCUGAUAACCGAGCGUGUUGGACUUCAGGAUAUCUGGCACAGCCAGUACGCCGGCUCUGGGGUCAUGGGACUGCGCGAAGGCAUGUAUAUCAAGUACUUGCCUACCAAAUACCAUCCGAUCAAUGGCAACAUGCUCACCGGAGGAGCCUACCUCUUUGAUACCUCGGAGAAUGCAAAGGCAUUUGAAGAUUGGACUACGAACGAGUUCAAAGUCGGUGAGCCGCCAACCACGUAUUGGAAGCAGCCUUUGUUUAAAUCAGUCGAUUCCUGGACCUGGAAGGUCAUCGGUGCCCACAACUUCACAGACGUUGAAGAGCAUCACAUCGGUCGCUGGCAGCGCUGGACUUACCACCAUGUAGGCGUGGGAGGUAUUCUGAAACAGCUGUAUCCUGUCCUGAAAGAUGCAGCUGAGAAGAGAGGAGCUGGGUCAUUCUGGCUGUUGCAUCGGCCAGAGGAUAAGAUGAUUGGCGUUCAGAUGUCGUUUCCUAAGCCAGAACAACUUGAUGAUGAGAGCCUUCUCCAGGAGAUUGAGGCUGUGGCCAGGAAGAAGUCAUUGGCUGAUGUUUUCCCGGAUGCGCUGGAAGCAGAAGUUCUGAUGGACAGGACUAGUGCUUACCAUGCAAUUUGGCAGCCGUUGUUGGAUGGUCCAAACGGUCUGAAGGUGGCAUGUCCGAACUUCCCACAUCUUGCAGGUGAGAAGGCCUGAGUGAUUGCAAGUCACAGAAGUGUAUGGGCAGUGUGUGUGAUGAUUCCUUAUUUUGUACUUAGUUGCGCGCUAAAAUGAUACGCUUUUUGUCUUGUUCUACUCUACCUAAUCCAACAAAGCCUUCUUGACAACCUCAACCUCCUCUGAAGUGCCGCAUACUAGACCAGCUCUGUCGUCACAGCCCUUGAGAGUGAUAUCGAAUAUUCUUGAUCCAGUCGCGGGGUCGAUAGCUUGACCUCCAGCACACUCAAUAACUAGCGCCACAGGCAACAGCUCGUAAUACUUUCGCAGCUUAGCCUUGCUCACGGACGUCACAGGCGAGACGUAUACGCCGUGACCUUUGACGAGGGCGUGGUAAACAUCAGGGAUAAGACCACCAGAGUAUCGUAGCGUAUACUUGUCGUUGAUGAACUUGGUUACCAGGCUCAUGUACUUGUCGUUCUCAGCGGCAGCGCGCAGAUUGGCGGGGGCGAAGUAACGUGUUUUAAAGGGAGGUUCGGCAAAGCGAAGCUCGGGACGGGCCACUGUGAACAUGUGGGAGUUGUUGAGGCUGACUUCGAAGCACACGGGGUCCGAACUAGGAACUCGUAAGGCAACGAUUGCGAGAGUUCUUGGGCCAAAGACUCCCAGGAUAGAUGCGAUUUGCUUCUCUGUGGGCUGCUCAAUGGCAGUGACUCCGUCCCAUAUUCCGAUGAUGCUGCCGACAGACCAGUUCGGGCCAAUAAUGGAGCUACCAUCGAGAGGGUCGAACCCUAUAGUGUACUGUUCGUCGUCACUAAUGGGUUGCACCGUCUCUCCCUCACGAGCAGGCUUCUCAACAGGAUCCUCCUCACUGCUGGCAGUUUUAAUGGCAGGUGACUUGGCGCAUCUAUCACGAAUAAUGUUUUCCGCCAGAACAUCGACGUUUAGCUGCUCAUCUCCAAAGGCAUUUUCGGUGCCCACGAUGGAGACAUCAUAUGAUCUUCUGAGUUCGUCGCCAAUGGC